UGCGUUUGAGUUUGGACCGGUCCGGGGAAAAGCCUAGAUGUUUCGUUGCCGCUGUUCCCGGCCCACCCCAUCUCCAAACUCAAAAGAGAAAGAAACCGCUGCAUUGGUUUCCUCCACUCCAAAGUUCAAAGGAAGUAGGAACUGCAACUUCAAUCCCCAACUUAUUCACAGACACCCUAUAGUCUUUGAACUCAAGCUUCUGCUACAAUGACGGCGAUGCUGCAACCCCAGAUCAUUCUGUUAAAGGAAGGUACUGAUACGUCUCAAGGCAAGCCACAGCUAGUGAGCAACAUCAAUGCCUGCACGGUGGUGGCCGAUGUCGUGCGUACGACUCUAGGUCCGAGAGGGAUGGACAAGUUGAUACACGAUGAUAAGGGCAGAACUACCAUCUCUAAUGACGGAGCUACCAUCAUGAAGCUCCUCGACAUUGUCCACCCGGCGGCGAAGAUUCUUGUUGACAUCGCUAAGUCACAGGACUCCGAGGUUGGUGAUGGAACAACCACUGUGGUACUUCUUGCUGGCGAGUUUUUGAAAGAGGCCAAGCCUUUCAUUGAGGAUGGAGUACACCCUCAGAAUCUGAUACGGAGUUAUCGAACUGCAUGCUCUCUUGCAAUUAACAAGAUAAAGGAACUAGCAGUAAGUAUUAAGGGAAAAAGCCUGGAAGAAAAGAAAAGCUUGUUGGCCAAAUGUGCUGCGACGACACUCUCCUCAAAGCUCAUUGGUGGAGAAAAGGAGUUCUUUGCUUCUAUGGUUGUGGAUGCUGUCCUUGCUAUUGGCAGUGAUGAUAGACUAAAUAUGAUUGGGAUAAAGAAGGUUCCUGGGGGUAAUAUGCAGGACUCAUUUCUUGUAAAUGGUGUUGCUUUCAAGAAGACAUUUUCUUAUGCUGGCUUUGAGCAGCAGCCAAAGAAGUUCAAAAACCCAAAGAUUCUGUUAUUGAAUGUUGAGUUGGAAUUGAAAUCUGAGAAAGAAAAUGCAGAGAUCAGGCUUUCAGAUCCCUCACAGUAUCAAUCUAUUGUAGAUGCUGAAUGGAAUAUAAUCUAUGAUAAGUUGGAUAAAUGUAUACAGAGUGGUGCUAAAAUUAUCCUCUCACGAUUGGCAAUUGGUGAUCUGGCAACACAGUAUUUUGCAGAUCGAGAUAUUUUCUGUGCUGGUCGUGUAACUGAGGAGGAUCUGCAACGGGUUGCUGCGGCGACUGGUGGAACUGUGCAGACGUCUGUCAACAACAUUAUUAAUGAGGUUCUAGGGUCAUGUGAGCUCUUUGAGGAAAGACAAGUCGGAAAUGAGAGAUACAAUAUCUUUAGUGGGUGUCCAUCAGGUCAAACAGCGACAAUUGUUCUUCGAGGUGGAGCAGAUCAGUUCAUUGAUGAAGCUGAGCGGAGUCUACAUGAUGCCAUUAUGAUAGUCCGAAGGGCUCUAAAAAACUCUACUGUUGUAGCUGGUGGUGGUGCUAUAGAUAUGGAGAUUAGUCGGUAUUUGAGGCAACAUGCACGAACAAUAGCUGGGAAGUCACAGCUUUUCAUAAACUCCUAUGCAAAAGCACUUGAGGUAGGUUUGUUUGAGGAAUCUGGUACUAUUACUAUUCAGGAUGAGCAGCCUGAGCGAGUGUUUGUGCCUACUGCCCCAUUCCUAAAGAGAUUAGUGAAUACCAAGAAAACUCCUUCCAUUGAUAAAAUCCUUAAUGUUUUCAAGAGUGCGCAGGUCAACAUUCCUCUAUUGGAUGCAAUCUCACAGAUCCCUACUUAUGCUAAAGUCCUCAAAGACUUAUGCACUCAAAAGUGA